CUCUCUUUCAGCCUCCGGGACUUGAGAGGCUCAGCCGACCUGCUGACUGAAAACCGAUAUGGCGGCCACUCUGGGCAGCGGGGAACGCUGGACCCAAGCUUACAUUGAUGCAAUUAGAAGAAACAAAUACCCAGAAGACAGACGACCUGGCAGUCAUGAUCCCUGUGGUUGCUGUAACUGCAUGAAGGCACAAAAGGAGACGAAGCCUGAGAAUGAGAGGACUCAGCCCCGGCAGGGAGAGGGGAGCUCCACUUACACCGAGGAACAGCUACUUGGGGUCCAAAGAAUCAAGAAGUGCAGAAAUUACUAUGAAAUUCUGGGAGUUUCUCGCAACGCCAGUGAUGAAGAACUUAAGAAAGCUUACAGGAAGCUCGCCCUGAAGUUUCAUCCUGACAAGAACUGCGCUCCUGGAGCAACAGACGCCUUCAAAGCAAUAGGAAAUGCCUUUGCGGUCCUUAGCAAUCCCGACAAGAGACUCCGCUACGAUCAGUAUGGAGAUGAGCAGGUGACUUUCACUGCACCUCGAGCCAGAUCUUACCAUUAUUACCGGGAUUUCGAAGCUGACAUCUCUCCAGAGGAACUAUUCAAUGUGUUCUUUGGAGGACAUUUUCCUUCAGGAAAUAUUCACAUGUUCUCAAAUGUGACAGAUGACAGUCACUAUUAUCGCAGGCGACCCCGCCAUGAGAGGACACAGACACACAAGAGAGAGGAAGAAGACAAACCUCAGACUCCAUAUUCCGCAUUUGUUCAGCUGCUUCCAGUUCUGGUGAUUGUGAUUAUUUCUGUCAUUACUCAGCUGCUGGCCACCAACCCCCCAUAUAGUCUAUUCUAUAAAUCAACCUUGGGCUAUACCAUUUCUAGAGAAACGCAGAACCUGCAGGUGCCUUACUUCGUGGAUAAAAACUUUGACAAGGCCUACAGAGGAGCUUCUCUUCGUGACCUGGAGAAAACAAUAGAGAAAGACUACAUUGACUACAUUCAGACAAGCUGUUGGAAGGAGAAACAGCAAAAGUCAGAGUUGACCAAUCUGGCGGGGCUGUAUCGAGAUGAGCGGCUGCGGCAGAAGGCAGAGUCACUGAAACUUGAAAACUGUGAAAAACUUUCCAAGCUAAUUGGCCUCCGGAGGGGCGGCUGAGACGAAGAUGGCCCGGCUCAGGAUGGGGGUUUCUUACUUGUUACUAUUUACAUUGCAAAUCCAUUUUAUAAUACAAGUUAGGAGAUGAUGAACACUUACUCUCUGCUGACUUUGUUGGGCAGAGCUGCAGGACAUGGAGCCACGCUCGUCACCAUCCAGUUCUUCCAGGCCGUCUCCCAGGGCAGGGGCAGUUCAUCUCAGUUACGGGAAUGGAGAGCAGGCAUCCCAGAGAAGACCCACAUUUCUGCCUUCAUCCUUCUUGCAGCAAAAGCCCACUCCCUAGGCAUUUCUAGGCUUGGCCAGUGCACUUCACAGUACUGAUGGCGCCUGCUGAGAGUCACACCUCUCUUUGCCAUAGCCACCAUCCCCCAGUGUUCGGUUUUCCAGUUCCUAAGGAGAGUAGAGAGAAACUGAACUUUUUGGCCAAUAGUUCGGUGUUAUCCAAGUCUGUUGAGGCAGGAGCAUUAGCAAACUGCCUGAUUUGUGGUUUCUUUUCUUUCUUUUUUGGGAGAAGGGCUCAUUCUGUAUCCUAGACUAGCCUGGGACUCACUAUACACUCCAAGAUGGCCUUGAAUUUGCAACAUUCUGCCUAAGAGCUGGGAUUACAGGCGUCAGAUACUGUACCCAGUAAGGUUCCUUUUAUCUCUGUAGUCAGCUCUCUCAGAGGGUCUAGAAAGUCAAACCUGUGAGCAGGCUGGGCGCGGUAGCGCACACCUUUAAUCCUAGCACUUUAAUCCUACCACAGGCAGAGACAGGCCAAUCUUUAUGAGCUCAAGGCCAGCCUGGGAUACACAGCAAGCUCCACACCAGCCAAAGACGUAAGGAGAUCUUGUCUCAAUAAAUAAAUAAAUAAAUAAAUAACACAAAAAACCCGUUGAGCUGUUCAGCAGACAGCUCAGCGCAGGAAGCAGGGCCGAGGAAAAAUGUAAAAUACAAGACUGUCAGCUCCUCGGUGUAGAUUCCUGGUCCAUUUUGGAACUAGAGAGCACCGUGUCUCUUCCCCUUUAAAUCAUCAUUUAGUAUGGUAGGUUGUGCCCUGAGCACAAGUAUGCACAGAAGUGCAGUGGUCAAACCCAAGAGGAGGCUCGGGCCUAGAGAUCCAAAGGGAGGAGCCUGUCUCUGUGGCACGGAGGGCUAAUAUUAGCCUUAACAAUCACCUUGUUUGACUCAGAGUCCUGUGCAUUUUAGUACAAGGUGGUCUUCCAUGCAUUCAGUAUUUAUGGAGUGUCUACUACAAAGCAAUGGCUUUCACAUGUCUCUCUCUCUCUCUCUUUUUAAUUUAUGCCUCCUCAAAAUUUGCGGAGCUGGUGCAUUACCUCUUUCAUGAAUCAGAACAGGACAAAUGGUUGGCCUGGGUCAUGUGACUGGGUGAGGAAGUACAGAACGUGAAAGAUCGUCCUGUUUCUCAGAUGACUCUAGCCAGGUUGGCAAAGCGGAGAUUUUCCCUGGAACGCUUCUGCCGUCCGGAACACCUCUGCCACCAGUUUGCACCCUUCAGGACUGCUACCCUGCUGAUCUUUCAGAAGCAGGACCAGGGCUGGAGAGAUGGCUCAGUGGUUAAGAAGAGCCUGGCUGCUCUUCCAGAGGACUCAGGUUCGAUUCCAAACACCAACGUGGCACCUCACAACUAUCUGUAACUCCAGUUCCAGAGGAUCCAGCUCCCUCUUCUGGCCUUCACAGUCACUGCAUGCACCUGGUACACAGACAUACAUGCAGACAAAACACCCAUACACGUUUUUUAAAAAGUAGGACCCUUUCAUACAAAUCUUUCAGAGGAAGAAAAAACAGUUUUUUGUAGAACUAAGUCAUUGAUUUCCCAGACUUGGUGGUUGUGCCUUCCUGUGGAGGGCAAUGCCAGAUCUGAGCUCCUGAGCUGCCCAGAUUGUCAUGAAACUGACUUUGAACAGUUACUGGUUCAUAUUUCAUUUCUUUUUAGAUAGGGCCUCAUGUAUCCCAGGCUGGCCUUAAAGCCUGGCCUUGAAAUAUAGCCAAAACCUUUGAACUUUUUUUUUCUAAACAGAGUUUCUCUGUGUAGCUCUGGCUAUCCUGGAACUCACUCUGUAGACCAGUCUGGCCUCUAACUCAGAGAUCCACCUGUCUCUGCCUCCAGAGUGCUGGGAUUAAAGGCGUGUGCCACCACAUCAAGCCCCUUUUUAUUAUUAAUCGUCAUUAUUAUUUAUUAUUAUUAUGUUUUGUUUGUUUCAAGACAGGGUUUCUCUGUGUAGCUUUGGCUGUCCCGGAUUUCACUCGGUAGACAAGGCUGGCCUUGAACUCAGAGAUCUGCCUCUGCCUCUGGAGUAGUGAGAUUGAAGAUGUGCGUCACCACCCUGAAACCCUCCUGCCUCUACCUCCUGAAUGCUAGAGUCGCUCCUGGCUGCUGUGCUGCUGGGGAAAGGACCCAAGGCAUUGUGCAUGCUAGCCUACUAAGCUACAUCCCCAGACUUAUCUUCCAAAUUUUUUUUUUUUUUUUUUUUUUUUUUUUGGUUUUUUGAGACAGGGUUUCUCUGUGGUUUUGGAGCCUGUCCUGGAACUAGCUCUUGUAGACCAGGCUGGUCUCGAACUCACAGAGAUCCGCCUGUUUCUGCCUCCCGAGUGUCUUCCAAAUUUUUUGAAAACCUCUUUAACCUAUGAGCAGCAGGGAAUUUACUUUGUAAAAUAUGCCAGGCACGGUGAAACACACCUUUAAACCCAGCACUCAGGAAGCAGAGGCAGAUUACUGUGAGUUCUAGGCCAGCCUGCUCUACAUAGCAAGUUCAUAGUGAAACCCUGUCUCAAAACAAACAACAGCAAAAACCAUGCGUUGUAAAAUGUACCCAUGAACCAGACAAGCUUGUGGAGAGCUCCUAGCCAUGAAGAACACAAAGCUCUCCUCUCCCAGCCUCAGCCUGGGCUAGAAAGUGGACCUCCCCUGGAUGCCAUGAAUAGUUUGUGGAUUUCAUGGCAGUGAUGAAUUAUCUUGGUGAUGACCCCAGAGUCAGUCUAGCCCAGCUCCAUUAAAUGUCACACCGACUGUCUGUUCUCAUAGCCUGGUGUACUGUUUUAUUUACUGCUGAUAGACUACAGUACUCACAUCUGGUCUCCUCAAGAGGGCCAGGCUUGCUCUGGUUGAAGGGUAGUUUAAUCUAUUUGGCAUUAUGUAGAAUCGCGUUAAACUCUUAAUUCCUUGCUUAUAGUUUAGAUACCUUGUCUUCAUAUUGGUAAUAUAAGCUUUGUACUCUUGCCUAUGUCUUUGAUGAGGUUUCCUGGCAGUGUAAACUCUUUAGCUAAGGCUUUUCUAGCUGCCAGUGCGGCUCUCUGUUUGAGACACAGGAAGGAGACUGUGAUGGGAGUGAGGUGAAGCAACAGGGCUCACCGGCCAGGAACUGACGUUCAAAUGAAGUGCUCUCUUUAGUAAGAGGGAGAAGGAAGCUCCUCCCGGUGAGGAGCAGGGCAGCCGGAAGGAGCCCAUGUCCUUGUUCAUGUGCUCCAGCAGGAGCCAUCUCAGCCUCACUGGUCAGCUCCGGUAAGAACAUAGUAUCACCGUGCAUGCUUACGGGACCUGUUAGGCAUGACAGGAAAUGCCACGCCCUGCUGGCAUCAGGGCCCAGCAGGCUGGCUGAGCUGCGGCCGCUUUCAUUCUCCUCAUCACUCUGCUCAGAGCUAGUGCUGCCAGGGGCAGCGUGAGAUCCCAGCAACUGGCCACACAGCAACCCGUUGUUUGCAUGCACUGCCCUCACAGGAGCUGGCACUUAGUUUGAAUCACUUCAAGUAUUAGAUUGGUGUCCUAAUUAUUUAUUUUGGGAAAGGACCAAGUUACUAUACAUCUUAAUGUUUGGGCCUGCGCUGUUGGUACCUCAUGCAGUGGUCACCAAGGUACUGAGUCUACAUUUGCAUCACUCUCAGUGUUUGGAGGUGGGAAUGUUCUGUGACCAGAGUCAGGAAUGACACAUGGGGAAAUGCUGAAAAGUCUGGCCACCUGAUCAUUGCAUCUAGAAUGAGUGUAUUUUAACAAAGUA